CCAUCGAGGAGGAGGAGAGAGGGGAUCUGGGUUUCUUGGUUGUGAAUGUGCACGUGUCCUCAGACGGUGUGACUGAGCAGAGAGGCGGGGCGUCGCUGUAUUCGUGGGCAGGUCUUUGCGUCACACGCCGAUGAUGGAGAGGAGGAGGAUGGACGCGGCGCUGCUUGUGCUGUUCCUGGGACACCUGGCCGCCGCGUUGGAGGUCCCACUAGACCUGCCGCAGCCGCCGACCAUAACUCAGCAGUCCCCCAAGGAUUUCAUCAUUGAUCCUCGAGAGAACAUUAUAAUCCACUGCGACGCAAAGGGGAAGCCACAUCCCAGUUUUUCAUGGACGAGAAACGGGACCCACUUUGACGUCGACAACGACGCCAACGUGAACAUGAAGGCCCAUUCUGGGACUCUGGUGGUGGAUAUCAGCAGAGAGAAGGUGGAAAACUACGAGGGGGUGUAUCAGUGCACAGCAAGGAACAAACAUGGAACUGCUGUUUCCAGCAACAUAGUCGUACGACAGUCCAGAUCCCCCUUGUGGUCGAAGGAGAAGAUCAAGCCAAUCGUGGUUCGGGAGGGCGUGUCCUUGGUGCUGCCAUGUCGACCCCCAGCCGGCCUUCCUCCUCCCAUCAUAUUCUGGAUGGACAAUAACUUUCAGAGGCUGCCUCAGAGCAGGAGGGUGUCCCAGUCGCUCAACGGUGACCUAUACUUCUCUAAUGUUCGCCGAGAGGACUCCAGGAACGACUAUAUCUGCUACGCCCGCUUCCCUCACACCCAAACCAUCCAGCAGAAGCAACCCAUCAACGUCAGGGUCCUCAACCUGGAUGCAAUCAAUGACACAAUGGCAGAUUUUUACAAUGACACUGAUUUAUUUAGUGAAGCCCCGAUGGAUGAGAGGAGGCCAACCUUCCUCAUCCCAUCUGACUCCUCCAGCUCCAAGAUGGUGUUGAGAGGACACGUACUGGAGAUGGAGUGCAUCGCUGAAGGACUACCCACCCCUGAAAUCUCCUGGACCAAAGUGAGCGGCGAUCUGCCCGCCAAGCGCACAUCCUUCCUGCACUAUAACAAGACCCUGCGUAUUAUGAACGUGUCGGAAUCGGAUGCGGGAGAUUACCGCUGCACAGCCAGAAACCAGCUCGGCGCAGUGCACCACACCAUCCACGUCUCGGUCAAAGCUGCUCCGUAUUGGAUCAGCGGCGCUCCCACGAACCUUGUUCUAGCUCCGGGAGAGACCGGUGUGCUGAUCUGCAGGGCCAGUGGCACACCCAAACCCUCCAUUAGCUGGGCUAUGAAUGGUAUCCCCAUAGAGAAUUCCCCGAAGGAUGUGAGCAGAAAGGUGGAGGACGACACCAUAAUCUUCACAGCUGUGCAGACCGGAUCCAGCGCUGUGUACCAGUGUAAUGUCUCUAAUGACUAUGGCUACCUCCUGUCCAACGCCUUUGUCAACGUCCUCUCGGAGCCACCCAGAGUGCUGACUCCGGCCAAUAAAGUCUACCAAGUCAUCAAAAAUCACCAGGCCUCGAUAGAAUGCUCUUCCUUUGGAUCACCCAUCCCGAAAAUUACAUGGUUUAAAGGCAGUCGGUCCAUCAGCCUGGAUGGAGACCCUUACAUCACCCACGACAACGGGACUCUAGAGAUUCACGUGGCUCAAGCCCAAAACAGCGGCAAAUACACCUGCUUUGCCAGAAACACCCUCGGUAUUUCUGAGAAUCACGUCUACCUGGAGGUCAAAGAGCCAACCCGAAUCCUGAAGCAGCCGGAGUACAAAGUGGUCCAGAGGGGCAAGUCUGUGGUGUUUGAGUGCAAAGUGAAACACGACCCCUCACUCAUCCCCACCAUGACGUGGCUCAAAGACGACGGGGAGCUGCCUGACGAUGAGAGAUUGAUCGUAGACUCUGACAGCCUCACCAUCACUGAUGUGACAGAGAACGAUGCAGGAGUGUACACGUGCAUCAUGAACACCUCUCUGGACCAUGACUCAGCCAGCGCUGAGCUCACUGUUGUCGAAGCCACACCGACACCACCUGUUGUCUACGAGCGACCUGACCCACCGUCCGACCUCGAGCUGACAGACCAGAAAAAGAGGAGUGUUCAGCUCACUUGGAUCCCUGGGGAUGAACAUAAAAGUCCCACUCAGAAAUUUCUGAUCCAGUAUGAAGACUUGCUGCACCAUCGAGGUCACUGGCAUAAUCUGACAGAGGUCCCUGGAACCAAGACGACAGCCCACCUGAAACUGUCCCCCUACGUUCACUACACCUUCAGAGUUUUGGCUCUCAACGCCAUGGGGUUCAGCCACCCCAGCUUACCCUCCAGAGUGUACAAGACGGAUCCUGCAGCUCCAGAUGAGAACCCAACAGGUGUACAGGGAUUUGGAACAGAACAUAACAACCUUGUAAUCUCCUGGAAGCCUCUGUCAGGCUUCCAGGCUAACGGCCCAGGGCUUCACUACAAAGUGAUGUGGAGGCAGAAGGUGCUGGACAGCGAGUGGACCACAGUCACUGUUGCCAACAAUUCCAAGUUUGUUGUGUCUGGAACGCCCACAUUUGUUCCAUAUGAGCUAAAAGUUCAGGCUGUAAACGACCACGGAGCUGGACCUGAGCCUAAGAUUGCCGAAGGCUACUCGGGAGAGGACCUGCCGAUAGGAGCUCCAGGAAAUUUGCAGGCUGUAGUAAUAAACAGCACCCUGGCAGAGGUACACUGGGAUCCUGUGCCUUUUCAUUUAAUACGUGGACAUCUCAAAGGAUACAAGGUGUAUUACUGGAGAAAGCACAACCUCCACAAACACAACCCUGACCACAUGGAGAAGGACAUCCUGACCUUCAGCGGGAACCACACCCACGGCAUGCUGCCUGGUUUGCACCCUUUCAGCCUCUACUCAUUCAAUGUCAAAGUGUAUAACGGCAAAGGAGAGGGUCCCCCGAGCGAAACCCUGCAGUUUAAGAUGCCAGAGGGAGUGCCGGGGCCUCCCACUUCGCUGCUAGUCUCUAACCCAAACCUGGACUCUCUAACCCUCGAAUGGAGUCCUCCUCAUGACCAUAACGGACACAUUACUGGCUACACACUCAAAUAUCAGCCAGUCAAUAACUCCAAUGAACUGGGCCAGGAGAAGGAGAUGGCCCUGGCCGCCAAUGAGACCUCAGUCACUUUGCCCCACCUCAAGUACAGCACACGCUACAGGUUUUAUUUGAAUGCCAAAACAAUCACUGGAGCAGGCCCCGCCAUUUCUCAGGAAGUUGUCCCCGUCAUGGAUGAAGCUGUGGCGAGCAGACAGGUCGACAUCGCCACUCAGGGAUGGUUCAUUGGCCUCAUGUGUGCCAUUGCUCUGCUCAUCCUGAUCCUUCUCAUAAUCUGCUUCAUCCAGAGGAAUAAGGGAGGGAAAUACCCUGUCAAAGAGAAGGAGGAUGCACACACAGACCCAGAGUUCCAGCCCAUGAAAGACGAUGACUGUACUUUUGUGGAAUACAGUGACAAUGAGGACCAUAAACCGUUAAAAGGGAGCCGCACGCCAUCUAAUGGGACAGUUAAGAGAGACGACAGUGACGACAGUUUAGUUGACUACGGGGAAGGAGGAGACGGACAGUUCAACGAGGAUGGCUCCUUUAUCGGCCAGUAUAGUGGGAAGAGUGCCAGCAGGGACACUGCUGAGGGCCACGAGAGCUCGGAGGCCCCAUCCCCUAUAAAUGCCAUGAACUCCUUGAACUCUUUUGUGUAGCCAAUCAGUCCUCACAGACCAGUGUGAGGCGCUGCUCUGACUGCUCACAUCCCCUCGAUCCCCCAUAGGGCUGUCCCAACGCAGCAUGGCUUUAUGAUCACACAUCCAUCCCCAGUUCCACAUGUGAAAUACUCAGUAAAGACACUGGAAAUCUUUAAGGAGAAGCUCGGAAACCCAUACCUACAUUAUCACUGCCUAAGCCGCAUUUAGGAAGGAAGUAGCUCAACCGUAAUUUGGAUUUUAACAGUACAUAAAAUACCUGACAUUACCUAAAUCCAUAUAUUAAUUAACACUUUGAUAUUAACAAGUGUUGCAUUCUUACCUGGAAUCUCAUAUAGACUAUGCAGUGCUUGUCUGAACUAUAUUUGUUUAUGUUAAUGGUUAUUAUAUUAUCUGCUAUGUUCAAAUAGUGUUCAGUGUCUACAGUAAAUAGCUGUUACUCCGUGUUGUUUUUUUUGUUUUUCUUUCCAACAUAGAAGCUUGUACCGGAAUCUGUAAAAAUGUAAUACAUUCAUGUAAUGCGUCAUAUGAAUGUGUUACAUUUAUGUGACAUCAUGAUGCAUUUACAAUCCACAAGGCAGAUUUUGGGAGCCGUGCACACAGCAUGCUUGAAGUUGCUGCAUUAAUACGUCUUCAUCUGUCACCGCUCUGUCAGACUGCAUCCGUGAAGGAGGAAGCUGAAAUGCUGCAUGGCAUGUCACAUGACCUCAUGACCUUUGCCCCGCAUGUGACCUCCUCAUACUGAGCUCGAUCUGAAGGCCAGUUGGGAACACUGAGAGCGUAACAGCUUGCCUCAGUGCUCCCCUGCCGCGCUCCUUCAGCAGGUAGUGCCUUUUCUUCAAAACAAUGAUUCAGUUCUGAAGUCUCUUUAUGGAGUUCAAUGACUGGAACAGAGACAGCAGUACGACUGCAGAAGCUACAUCCACGGAUGGAUGAGAUAAACUUAAGAUGAGGACUCUGAGGACAGAAGAAUAAUUCAUACAAACUUGUCAUCUUUUUUUUUUUUUUAAGACGCCUCCCAAUGCCUUGAGACACAGAACUGGCUUUGAUUCCUCCAAGAAGUUAAAUGCACCAACAUUGGAUCAGAUUAAAACAUUGGUAAAAUAAUUUCUGGUGCAUAAAGUCUACAGCCAUUAUGUACAGUACCAGAUAGUAUUUCUGCAGUGUAUUAAUGUAUGGAUAUCUGUGAGGGUGUGUGUGUCUGUGUGUGUGCGGUUGUGUGUACAUUAGCUAUUCAAUUCCUAUUAGGCAAAAGUGGUUCAUUUGUACUAACUACACUUGAGGGCCUUUGGAUGGGAUCAAGAUUUCUUUUCUCUUAACUUGCAUCAAGUUUUUCUUUUUUUUUUUCUUUUUUUUUUUAAAUACCUGUAGAAUAUUUGUUGAAUUUGUAAAUACCAUAAUCGAUUGUACAGGGACAAGAAGCAGCGUGUGAGACAGCCCAAGCGGCAAUAUUGUGCAUGAUAUGGCUUAACUUGUUGAUAGGACUGUAUUAAAUAUAGACUACUUGUAGAGAAUAUAUAUAUAAAUAUAUACAUAUAUUCUUUUGUUUUCUUGCUGUGCACUGUGUACAUUGUACUGUAAUUAACUGGACAGAAAACUGCAUAUAAAUUCAGAAUCUGCUUGUUUUCUGAUUUGCUUGGCAGCGAGUUGCAUAACUUUGGUUUUGUACAACAAUAUCAUGAUGCGCAGAAUUAUAUUAUUCUGAUUUGUAUUGCUUCCAUACAGUCCCACUAUACUCCGAAAAUGAUGCUCUUUUCUGACAAUAUUGCAAAUGGUUUUGUAUUUAAGAAACAGAUUUGUACUAACAGAUACUUUCUUUGUCGCUAUUUAAGUUUGUUUUUUUUUUUUCUUCUCCCUUUUAGUGCAAGUAUGAAAUUCAAACUACAGGAAAUAUAAUGAAUGAAUAAAUAAUUAUCUGCUUUAA